AGCCUCACCGGCAGAUGUCGGUAUGUUUAUUAAUCCCCGGCGUUUCCGUUCCGGCCGCUCGGCGUAAAGAUGGCGGCCGGCUCUCAGCGAGGUCUCGCUCCAUCCGCCGGCCGCGCAGACCGCCGACAGCACCCCGGCACUGCUGGCGACGACAGCGACGACGGAGAGGAUAUCUUCGCCUAUGCCAGUAAUCCUAUACAGAAUAAGUCAAGGACCCUGGCACACAACAGUCUAUUCAGUGGAGCACCGAUGACCAGCAGUGCUAAACUCAAGUCUAAUGGUAUCACUGCAGAUCAGGAUGAAGACUUAUUUUCAGACUCUACCGUGGAGGUGUCCUUGGACAGCCCCCGGAACAACAGGAGAAACUUCGCCUCACUGCCCCCUGCAUCUGCCGUCGCCACAUCGAAAAACGGCCGUGAGGCCGUGGAGGAGCUAGAAUGGGAGGAAGAGGAGGACAAGUUUGAGCUGAAUAUUGGAGUCACCAACCCAGAGAAAGUCGGUGACGGCAUGACUGCUUAUAUGGCCUACAGAGUCUCCACACAGACCACAUUGCCGGUCUUCAAGAACAGGAUGUUUACGGUGAAGAGGAGGUUCAGUGAUUUCCUGGGACUGUACCAAAAACUGUCUCUGAAACACUCGCAGAAUGGCUACAUUGUUCCCCCACCACCGGAGAAAAGCAUCCUGGGAAUGACCAAAGUAAAAGUAGGCAAGGAGGACCAGUCAUCGGCCGAGUUUGUGGAGAGGAGGAGAGCGGCUCUGGAAAGGUAUCUCCAGAGGUUGGUUUCUUAUCCAUACAUUUUACAAGAUGCUGAUCUCCAAGAAUUCUUGGAGAAAGAUGAGUUACCCAGAGCUGUGAGCACACAGGCCCUAAGUGGGCCUGGCUUCAAGAAGAUGAUCAACAGGGCAACGGACGCUGUCAACAAGAUCACCGUCAAGAAGGACAAGUCGCAUGCUUGGUUUGAGGAGAAGCUCCUGGAGAUGGACAAUGAGGACCAGCAGCUGAAGAGGCUCCAUGCCGCUGUGGACUCGCUGGUCAUGCACAGGAAGGAGCUGUCCGCAAAUACAGGGGUGUUCGCCAAGAGCCUGGCCUUGCUGGGCAGCUUGGAGGACAGCACAGCUCUGUCGCGUGCCCUGGUCCAGCUUGCGGAGGUGGAGGACAGGAUGGAGCAGCUGCAGCAGGAGCAAGCGACCAGGGACUUCUACACCUUUGCAGAGCUACUGGCCGACUACAUCCGCCUGUUAGCAGCCGUCCGGGGCUCUUUUGACCAGCGUGUGAAAGCCUGGCAGCGGUGGCAGGACAGCCAGAGCAUUCUGCAGAAAAAGCGGGAGAAUGAAGCCAGGCUGCUGUGGUCCAGCAAACCGGACAAGUUGCAACAGGCCAAGGAUGAGAUCGCUGAGUGGGAGGCCAGAGUGAACCACUACGGGAAAGACUUUGAGAGGAUUUCUGCGACUGUUCGCAAAGAGGUACUCAGGUUUGAGAGGGAAAAGGCCAGAGACUACAAAGCCCACAUUAUAAAAUACUUGGAGUCUCUCCUACAAUCACAGCAGCAGGUGGUGAAAUACUGGGAGGCAUUUCUACCGGAAGCAAAAUCAAUUGCAUGAUGGGAAGCGCAGAGCUGGAGUGAAAGAGGCUGCCUUUUUGUACAUGUCACCUCUUGCCUAUAAACCAAAUAAAAAGAACCAGGGUUUACCAAAAGAAAUGCAAUGUGAUAAGUUUCAUAAUCGACAACCAGCUCUUCAAUUUUUCUAAAAUAUUGAUUAUAUAUUUUUUCAUUCAACUUCCAUCUGUUUUUAAAUAGCUUUUUUUUGUUGGAGGUAGUCCAUAUGUGAACCAUACAUUUUUAUUUUAACCACCGUAUGUUAAAGUAGCAUUGUCUGUGAAGACUAUUUAUUAAUACUAUUCUACGUUUACAACACUUCACUGGAAGAAUCACGUGUCAGUAGCCUGUGUGGUUUAGCCUGUGCGGUUAGCCUGUGCAGUUUAGCCUGUGCGGUUAGCCUGUGCAGUUUAGCCUGUGCGGUUAGCCUAAUCUGGCAGAACCAGCAGCAGGACACUUGACUCCCUGGUUCAUUAGCUGUUGGUUAGGCUGGCCAGUCGCUGUGAGGAAUCAGAGGCGUAUAAGCAGUCUGUCUGAGCUUUGGCCUAUGAGAAAGUAGGUCAUUAAGACGACAGGAUUAGGUCAUUCCAGGAUUAGGUCAUUCCAGGAUUAGGUCAUUCCAGGAUUAGGUCAUUCCAGGAUUAGGUCAUUCCAGGAUUGCCUUUGGUUGCUCCUAAAAGUUAACGGUCUUUUGCGGUAGCAUGGUAUAGAGGUAGUGCAGCUAGAUCUUUUUAGAUGGUCUGCUGUGUCCCUGUAUAUGCAGCCAGCUGUACGCCCUAGCUCUGGUACAGUGGGUGAUGGUCGGUACCCUAGUGAAUAGACAGCAGAAGGGGAGGGCGGGCUCAGCGCUGGCAGCUGAAACUCAAACUCUCCAUGGAUUAGCAGGGAUUUGCUAGCUUCUUGUUCAGGGUCCAGGAAAUUCUGAAUUUUACAAGUAGGUUGCAAUGAAAUAAUCUGUGGUUCUAUUCUAAAUGAACAUGCAUUGGUAUAGCACUGACAUGCGCAAACUUGAACAAACACUAAAUGACUUAUGAUCGUUUAUGUCAUACCUAGUAGGGAUAAUGUUAUUUAUUUUACAAUGUGACUAAACCCCUGUAAUUCCUAUCACUACCUAAAAAUGACAAAACUGGAAACAAUUGACUACUCAUUUUAGGAUAUGGUGACCAGGACAUGACCUUUUAAAUUGUAAGUAAAAGGAACAUCCGGAUGUCUUUUGUAGCUGCUAAUCCAAUCCGUAGCAGCCUCUUCACCCUAUACUCUUAAGAUACUAGUUUGAGUGGGAGUUCAGCAUGACAAGUUGUAGUCAGUACUCACACCUGAGGCUGAGAUUACAGCUCAGUGUACUAUAACUUUUGAACAUUUCACUUUCAUAUUGCAGAAAAGGCAUCAGCUCAGUGAUUUUUUUUUUUAUUAUUGUAGUUAAGCAGUUUGCUUUUACCACUGGAAGAUACAGGAGGUUGUUUUUGUUUGCUGGUCUGGCAGAGAUCUUUGGAUGAAGUGUUUGCUGAUCUAUCAUUGGUCUUUGGAUGCCAUUCUCUUGUCUUUUCCUUCUGUUAUUCCAGCAAGGAGCCAUUUUUGGUGCAUUCCAACCUUUUAUUUUUGAAUGCAAUGCUUCGGUUUCACAUAGUUUUGUGGCUAUGUUGCGUAUGACCUAUAAGCAUCCCACAGUGAUGUUGUGAAAUGUUAAAUGUGACUUCAAAAUAUGAAACUAUUCCAAUUGCCACAGUUGAAAAAGUUUUUUUUUAAGGAAGGUGACGUCGCUCCUUUCAAAUCUAUAGCCUUUGGGUGGUAAGUGGAAGAGACAAAUGUUACCUUGUAGUUCUGAUCCUUAGUGUGCUGUGGCAUCUUCACGUCUCUUUAGGAUAGAGAGUUGAUGUAUUUCUCUUUCAUUUAACGAGAUCUCAAAAAUAAAGCUUUUCUCUCUUUGA